AUGAGGGGCUACCCCUCUCUGCUGCUGCUAUACCUAGGACUCAUCACCUGCCCGGACGCCUCACCCAGCAGGGAGCAAGACCGUGAGUUCUUCCUGGGCUCCCCCGAGGCCCAGAACUUCCUGGGCAGCCGUAGACGCAUUCCACGAGCCAACCACUGGGACCUGGAGCUUCUGACACCUGGGAACCUGGAACGGGAAUGCCUUGAGGAGAGGUGCUCUUGGGAGGAGGCGAGGGAAGUCUUUGAGGACGACACUCUGACGGAGCGCUUUUGGGAGACCUACAUCUACAAUGGGAAAGGAGGACGUGGACGAGUGGACAUAGCAGGUCUGGCCGUGGGGCUGACGUCGGGUAUCCUACUCAUCGUCCUGGCUGGCCUGGGAGCCUUCUGGUAUCUUCACUACCGUCGGGGUCGAGGCCACCAGCCCUGUCCCCAAGAAGCCGGGCUCAUCAGCCCGCUGAGCCCCUCAAGCUCUCCGGACCCGCCGACGCCCCUGCCUCCACCCCCAGGCCUCCCCACCUACGAGCAGGCCCUGGAGGCCUCUGGGGUGCACGACGCACCCCCACCGCCUUAUACCAGAGCUGAGCCGGUGGGCGUGGGAGUAAGGGUAGUCCGGCCUGAGGCCUACCCUUGCACACGAGUUUCCGCCACGAACGGACACACGCAUGUCCCGAGCCGGCGUGUUCAAGCAUCUCGGCCCCUUUCGGGCCCCUAUGCUCUCCUGAUCCUGGGCAACCCCGCCUUGUGCAAAGAUGGCUGCACCGUGAGCGCAGAGGAGGAGGAGGCGGCGGCGGCGGCGGCGAGAGAGCGAGCACCCAGCGCCCGCACCCACCCCGGGGCCGCCCGGGACGCCCCUUCCCGAGCGUGCGCCCCCCCUUCUCUCUUGCAAGCACCCGGGCAAAGGCGGAGACAGCGGGGUCCCUCCUCCCCCCUUCCCCUCCUCUAG